AUGGGAGAUUAUUUAGUUGAUAAUAAAGCAGUUCCUACUGUUAAUAUAAAUGCAUCUAUACAAAAUACUCAAAUGUCUAAUAAUUCUGAUUUAGCAUUAACAAAAACUGUCAAGCAGCCAAUGAACUCAAUAGAUUUUGCCAUUAAAGCAAUUGAAAAAAAUCCUACAGCAAUUGACAUUGUAAAUGGUACAAAUCUCAUUACAGAUAAGAGUAGCAAUAAUUUCAUGAAAAUCAGUAAUUUAACAAUAAAUUCCCUUUCAGACAAAAACAAUUUGUUGCAUGCAGCGAACUACGAAGACAACAUAAAUUCAACAAAAAUGAAUGCUGCUGUCAUGGCGAACGAUUUUAAGGGUAUCUCUAGUAAUAAAAGUAGCGCGACUGCAAAUCUUGAAGUCAAUAACUUCGACAUUAAAUCAAAUACAAGUGAGAAAAUGGAAGAUUUAUUUACAACUAUUGCAACACCUACAGCAAACGGUGCGACAUUGUUUGGAAAUGUGACUUGGUCAAGCGCAACAAAUCCAAUUGUGAAAGUAAUCGAUGAAACAAGUGUUAAGAUAUUGGAAGGGAAUACAAAGUAUGUUGCAGGUGUUGAUAAUUCAAGCACAAAGUUGGAGGAAGAAAUAGUAGCUAUAAGUUAUUCACCUACUUUAGAGAAUAACAAUCAAACGAGUAGUCAACUUAAUCCAAGUGAAAAAGGAACUGGAUAUAAUAAGUUAAAAUUCAAUAAUAUUACUAAUAAUGCACAAUAUCAACAUGAUUCUAUAUAUCAUAACUUUAACGUAAGCGCAGAUAACGAUGUGGAUAUGACUGCUAUACAUAAAAUAUCUGCAAUGCUAGAUACAACUGCUACUUUACCAAUUUCUAAUGUUCUAAAUUUAAGCUCCAUAAUCGAAGACUUAAAGCAAAUUGAAACAACUACACAAAUAAACUCGAAUGAGCAGUUGCAAAUACCAAAUAUUGCAGUAACUGAUAACAUAAGCAGCACAAAUGGCCCCACAACCGAUACAAUGUUAUCAAAUAAGCCAGUUAUCCAGAAAAAUGGUACUUUCUAUCCGGUGGUAAGAGAUGAACAACAAAAUCAUUUGGAACAUGUAACAACAGAACGCACUGUUACAUUGCCCAUAAAUUCCAUUGCACCUACAGCAAGUAUUGUAGUUGGUAGCCACAUACAGUACGCUAAAAACAACAGUGAAUCUACUGAAUUGUUGUCUCCCGUAGGGAAUCCACUAAAAUUACCUGUAACAUAUGCAACAAUCGGUAUAGAACAAACAAACGAAAAUGGAACACUCGUCACCAACACAUCAGUUACACCAGUUACACCAGACACACCAGACACACCAUCCACAACAGUCAUAUCAACUACAGAGAAGGAACUGGAGCACUUGGCUAGUUUAAUAGAAAAGUACAUAAUGCAAGAGACUAGCAAUAUUGAGAGUUCAGAAUUUAUUGAACAACAACAAUCAACAGCCAGUGCAAAUGACAAGGCUGCGGCUAGCAAAAUCCACUUGAAAAAUGAUGGCAAUGCAAAUAUUAAUACUACUUCUGCUCCAUCUCUUUCUACUGUUGACAAAAAUAAUAAAAAUAUUAUUAUGACAGCUGCAAUUAAAGCUGAAAAUAGAAAUGACACUGAAAAACAUAAUAAAACCAUUUUAAAAACGCUACGAGAAGAGGUGACCUCCACUGUAAAUUGCUAUACCAACACAGACGUGACCGAUUUGGCAGCGGCAAGUGACAGUGCUGCAACAAUUAAAGAUGAAAAAAGUUCCAUUGAAACUAUUAAAGACAAUGACACUGUGGGUAACGACAAUGUUGAAAACGAUAACAGUCACACACUUCAGCAGGAGCAUAAAGUGGACUACAUUGAUCCAGCAAAUGUCAAAGAAAUGCCCUAUAAGGACAUCAACGUGCAAGUGCAUAAAAAAAAUAGUGACAGCAUAACACGUACAAGUGGUAAAGAAAUGGAAACAAAUAAAAUGUCAACAAUUGAAAAUGAAAAAGAAUCAAUAGACAUUUCCAGUGAGGAUAACAAACAAACAUAUGACACUCAAAACGAUAAAAAUCAGAAAAAUAAUGAUGAUAAUGCUUUUAGCAAUAAUCCUGAGCAGCCUAAUAUGUCACAUGACAUUAAUCAAGAUGAUACAGAAUUUGGUAGUGGUGACGAUAGUGAUGAUAGUGACGAUGAGGAUGAUAAUAAGAAAUCUUAUUAUACUCUAACUUUUGACAACACUGUUGCACGGAACUCUUAUGGUCAUUUGUUGAGUAGUGCAAAAAAUACAGAAACUGAACUGCCAAAUAUCAGCGUUAAUAGUGCGAAAAACACUAAUAACAAAUCCUUUGAGUUAAAGAAAAAUCAAAACCAAUUCAAUACCGACAACGAUACCACAACAGCUCAGUUGCAUAUAGAAAGCAGUAGUCCAAUAUCAGAUAGUGUUGCUACUACACCGUAUAGCAGUGGUGACAAACGCAUAAAAAGUCAAGCGGAAAUUGCACCGACAAAUUGGUGGCGUACGUUACCAUAUGCGGAAAUUAGAAAAUUUUUGAAUACCAUAUUCGAUAGUGCAGCCGAAGAAUUGUAUGAGGAAAUCGCACGGAAAUCAAAGGAAAUACGAAAGGGACACAAACUUAACAAUCAAGAAGAUUCGCUGGAUGCAACAUUGACACAUAAGACGAAUAGUGAGAAUGGUGGUUACUGGUCAUAUUUGUUUAGUAGGUGA